AUGGAAGAGACCCCGAUGCUGGGUGCGCUGCCCAGCCCUGAGAGCGAGCUGGAGUCGGACCUGCUGAGCGCCGAGAGCCACUUCGCACCUGAGAACAUGGCCCUGACCACCCCAGCGGAGGCCCAGCGUGGGGACGACGACUUCCAUGUUUUCAAAGACGCCUACCUGGGCGCCCCAGACCCCAAAGAGCCCCUACUGCGGGCACUGCACACCCUGCCAGGAGCGGACCCCACCAUCAAGGUGGAGCUCCCAGGGGACACACCGGAUGACCGGAAGGUCCUGGCUGAGUUCCUGGGGGUCCCCGAGCCCAGCGCCAUGGAGGACACGCUGCUGGCCCGGGCUCCGCCCCCUGCCUACAACGUCCACUUCCUGUCCUCGCUGCUGGCCCCGCACAGGAGCCCAGCCGUCAUGCCCCUGGGUGCCUGGCCCAGGGAAGGAGCCGGCCACCCUGGCGUCCGCGUGAUUCCAGUUGAAAUAAAGGAAGCGGGCGGCCCGAUGGCAACGAACGACCCGGAGGAAGCAAGCUUUGGGAAUUCUCACACCCAGGAACCCUGCAGCAAGUUCCCGUCCUCCCAGGAGCUGGAGGACCCUGCCAUCUGCCCCCAGAAGGACCCCAACCCCAUGGUGAUCUGCCAGCUGAAAGGGGGCACGCAGAUGCUGUGCAUAGACCACGCUGGGACCAGGGAGCUGACAGCCCUCCACCUGGUCCCUCAGUAUCAAGACCAGAAUAACUACCUGCAGCCAGAGGUCACGAAGCCCAGGACGACUUUAGUGGGAAGAUUUUUGCCCGUGCCAGCAAAACUGAACCUCCUUACUCAACAACUGGAGAACGGAGCCUUCCCGCCAGUCGUCAGUGGAGCCGCCCUGCCGGGACCUGCGCAGCUGACUCUGGCUGGGUAA